AUGGCACGCGAUGCACAAGGACAUGUCAUCCGUGACAGGAGUCAAGAUCAAGGACAAGAAACCCAAUCUACUACAAGCAAUGAGGACUGCUUAGAAAGCCACACCUACAAUAGAAGGGAAACACUACUCGAGGAUCCAGAACACCAAGCUACCCUUCGCAUUUGGGAGCUUAAAGACCUCUCAGUUGUCAGCAUCUGGAGCCAAGCCCAGAGAGAGGCUGCGCUUCAAAUCCAAGAGCAGAUGAUGGAGGAUUAUGAUCAUCUACAAGAGGUUAUCCAAGCUCAUGAGCAGACAAUGGCAGGACAAGCUGCUGUUGUGAAAUAUCUUGAAAAUGAGAAGUCAAAAAGCAGCACUACUCGCAAUAGAGAAUCACACCAGAAAUCCACCAAGAUCCCAGACCCUCCUACUCUUACAGAGGGAAUAGAGCCAGCUUAUGAUGAUUGGAGCAUUAAGAUAAAGAUGAAGCUUGAGGCGAACCUUGACCAUUUUCCUACUCCAGCCCUUCAGAUGGGUUAUGUGCAAAGCAGACUAGGUGGCAAAGCCUCCUCUCACAUCAAUCCACGCCUUCGAUCUACUCAGAACAAGUUUCAAACUGUAGAGGAAAUGUUUGAAGUCCUAGACAGAGUCUUCAAGUUUCAGAGACUCACUGUUGAACUGGAUUACUCAGAAGAGACCCUCAUUGAUGACCUCUGCCAUAAGGUUAAUACGAAGAUGCAGACUGCUUUAAUAGCAGAGAUAAACCCAAGCUCUCUUCAUGCCUUUGCACAAAAGUGCUUAUUGAUCAGAAUAUCCAGCAACUUCAAAUCCAAGACGCUCGCACUGUCCCUCGAGUUAUUCAGCAAGCCUUUAAGCCACAAGACUUUCACAGAAGGCCGCUGCUUCCAUUGCCAGCAAACUGGACACCGAGCUUAUGAAUGUCCUACCAAGAAUGCUCAAGUCCACGAAGUUAGCACUUAUGAUGCUCCCACUUUCGGGAAAAGAAUAACCUUCAGACAAGACGUCCCUGAAGGUGUCAUGACAGCCAGAAUUGCAACUUCUUCCUCAAGCUUUGGAUUAGAUCCAGAUACUCCAUUCAUAGUUACUUGUAUGAUAGGAAAAUCAAAAAUCAAAGCACAAGCCCUUAUCGAUACUGGAGCUACUGGAGGAAACUUUGUGAAUGCUGUUGAUGCAGAAUGA